UAUAUAUACCCAUAUGCCUUUCACAGGCACAAGCAUCAUCAGCUAUCUUCACAUAGAGAGAAAAAAAAAGAGAAAAAGCUCAGCCCAGAAUCGGAGAUGGCAAGCAGAACAGCUUGGAUUGUGGCAGCCAGCGUUGGAGCAGUGGAGGCUUUGAAGGAUCAAGGCUUCUGCAGAUGGAACUACACUCUGAGAUCUCUUCACCAGCAUGCCAAGAACAAUCUUGGGUCCCUCUCUCAAUCUAAGGCCCUCGCUUCUUCUUCUUCUUCUUCUUCUUCGAAGAUGGGUGUGAAUACUAGUGGGGAAGAUGAGAAAAGGAGGAAGAAGACAGAGGAAACAUGGGGGAAAGUCGUGUACUUGAACUCCUGGGGUCCCCACUGAAGCAAUGGACCUCUACUUUUAAGGUGUAUUACAAGAGCGAAAAUGUUUUAGAGGGCAGAUUUUAAUGUAUAAUUUCAAAAAAAUUAUCAGAUUUCAUGAUUUUUGCCAUGGGAACACUUUCUUUGUUGGGUUUGAUUGCAUUUUAGCCUUCAAAAAAGGAGCAAUCAAGACUUUGAAACAAACAGCACUUAAAAGAUCCACCUUCAGUAUA